UGACGGCGUGUUUCAGGAAGACGCCGAGGUGGACGCUGGACUGGCAGCGUUACAAACCCCAACACGCUGAGUGAAUAAAGUGUCCAUAACAUUAAAACACAUUUACCAAACAGACACAUACACGCUGACACACGCACACACCCACACACAUGCACACAUGCACAUUAACACACAAACACAGACACACACCCACCCACACCCACCCACACGUCACCUCGUAUUCUUGGGGCUCAAUGCACUUGACAUGCGGUCUUGCAUUCUUGUGGUCCUCGCUUGUGCCCUGCCGUCCUUUUGCGUUGACGCCCGGAAAAUCAGAGGGAUAUCUCUGUCCUAUAAGCGCUUCUACAGGGAGAGAAAGUCGUUCCUGUGCAUCGAUGGCUCUAAGAUGAUCCUCUUCGAGCAGGUGAACGAUGACUACUGCGACUGCGAUGACGGUUCGGAUGAACCAGGCACGGCCGCCUGUCCAAAUGGCCGAUUCUACUGCGUCAACCUUGGCUUCCAUCCCCAGUACAUUCCCUCCUCGCGGGUCAACGAUGGGAUCUGUGAUUGCUGUGAUGCCUCUGAUGAGUACAACAGCCCUGCUCGCUGCCUGAACACAUGCAGGGGUCUGGGGCAGAGGGAGCGUGCAGCGGUGGAGGACCAGAUGAGGGCUCUGGACGAGGGGCUGCGUCUGAGGCAGGAGCUCAUCCAGGAGGGGGUCCUGAUCUGGAGGGAGAAGCAGGGCCAGCUGAGGGAGCUGCAGAAGGUGGCGUGGGACCUCCAGGCCCGGCUGGAGGAGCACCGGGCCAGGAGGAGGAGGGGGGAGUACGGGGACAGCGGGGGCCCGAGGCCGCCGGCGCCGGCGCCGCCACCGGUUGCCCAGGACGACGCAGAUGUCCCCGACCCGAACACGGACGCCGCCGCAGCGUUCCGCCUCCUGGACGUCGAUAACGAUGGCAGCAUCACGGCGCAGGAGCUGGUGGCCAAGGUAGCCUCGGUCCAGGAAUCGGCGCGGGAAUUCUCGGAGAACGAGGCGCGGGUGAGUGUUGCCGCGACGACCGCCGCCGCCGCCGCCGUCAGAUUGUCCGGGCGAAUGACCUGCUUGUUUUCGUUUGAUACAUGUGCCAUCGAAGUGGCACACGUAUCAGCUCUGUGCCCCACCCCAGUGCCCCCUCUCAAUGCCCCAUCUCAAUGCCCCACAUGACUCUAAUGCUAACGCUAAUGCUAAUGCUAACGCCAAUGCUAACGCCAAUGCUAACGCCAAUGCUAACGCUAAUUCCAACGCUGUAAGGAUGUAUGUUUGAAGUGUACGCAAAACCGUAUGCAGGUCUGUUUUGAUGUGGACGCAAGAUGCAUACGUGAAUUUGUUUGUGCAUGUGCUUAUUUUUCCUUUCCCUGCUGUUUAAUCUUUCUUUGUUUCCAUAAAUUCUAGUCCCCUUUUGUAAGAGGCUGAGAUAAACCUAAAGUACAUC